CCUCAAGGGCAGCGCAGGCGCACUGAGGGGGAGGAAAGCCUCGCUCGGCUCUUUAGUUCUCCUUCCUCACAAUCUUAGCUUCUUUUCAGUCAGGGAGGGCGAGCGAGCGGUUGGUGGGCUCGGAAGGGCGUCGUGAGAGGGCCUUUUAAGAAACCACCGCUACCGUGAGCCGCCCCAUCCCCCGUCUUCCUUCUCCGCCCACCGCCAUGAAGAUCUGGACCUCCGAGCACAUCUUCGAUCACCCUUGGGAAACUGUUACUACAGCUGCUAUGCAGAAAUAUCCAAAUCCCAUGAACCCCAGUGUGGUUGGAGUUGAUGUUUUGGACCGGCACGUAGAUCCCAAUGGAAAGUUACAUAGUCACAGAUUGCUUAGUACAGAAUGGGGGAUGCCAUCAAUUGUAAAAUUACUCAUUGGUGCUUGUAGAACAAGAACAUAUGUUCAAGAACACUCCAUAGUUGACCCAGUAGAGAAAGUAAUGGAACUCAAUUCUACUAAUAUUUCAUUCACAAAUCUGGUAUCAGUAGAUGAGAGGCUAAUUUAUAAACCACAUCCUCAAGAGCCAGAAAAAACUAUUUUGACACAAGAAGCAACAAUCUGUGUGAAAGGAGUUAGUGUCAGCAGUUACCUGGAAGGACUAAUGGAGAACACAAUCUCUUCUAACGCUAACAAAGGACGCGAAGCACUGGAAUGGGUGAUCAACAAACUGAAUGCUGAAAUAGAGGAAUUCACUUCUUCAGCAAGAGGAAACAUGAGGUCUCCUAUGGCAGCUGCAGCCUUUAUGGAGAAAUAACAUAGAGCUGUAUAUGUCUAUAUCAGGCCUGAACAUCUGAAAUGAACAGUUGCAAACUUCCUUCAAGCUGGAAAUAUUUAUUGUAUCUAUUUAAAGAAAGAGGAUCUGUAGAUUGCAUUUUUAAGUGAAAAACUUGGAGAGAAGUUGCAUACAUCUGUAUGUGAAGGUAAUAUGAAGGAUGGUUCUGUUUGACUGCAUUCCUUUCAGCUGAAAUCUCAGCAUUCAGUUCCUGCAAAUACAGGAAGUAGCUUCAGCUUCCAACUUAGAACAGGUCUCCAGCAGAGCAAGCUGUGGAAGGCUCGUCUGCUGUUGGUUCCAUCUUUGAAUGGAAUUCAAGUUUUCCUGGUCUCGGCUACUUUUGGGACCAUCCCCCAAAUUAAGCUGAGUUAUUUUGGACACAUUGGCUGGGACAGUUUAUAACAGAAUUUUUACUGGAAGAACAUUGAUUAUUACUUGAAAUAUGAUUGCUUAUCUUAAAAUGUUUGUUAAUGCUGCUGUCAUAAAUGUAACACUUUGCCAACACGAGGAGUGUGAUACUUAAAAUCUGUUCCCUUACCUGAAAGCUUUGAUCUGUUAAGAGAUGCUUCAUAAUUUUGAAAGAUUAACCAACUAAAGAUUUGUACCAUGAGUUUGGCAGAAGCUGUGUGCAGUAUAACUAAGGGGGGAUAUUUAGUUCAGAAGUCCACUACUUUAAUUUUGUAUUUCCUACUUUAAAAGGGUACUGAAACCAUUGAAAAAUACAAUUUUGUGACAUGCUUGUUCUUGGAUUCUGCAGUGUGAAGAAACAAGAAGUCAUAUAAAUGCAUAAACUGAGGUGGAAGUAUUUGUUCCAGGGUACUGUAACAUUGUUAAAUGAAUUGCAUAAUAUAUAUGCUUGCUCAGCAAGACAUCAUGGACUAUUAACAUUUCUUAAAUAGUACUUUGUGCUUUUAAGGAACAAAAUGCAAUAAGUGGCUUAAUCUUACCACUUAGUAUCCUUGAAUUCCAUAGGUAAAAUAAUGGCUAGAUUCAAACAUUCCCCUUCCUGUUCUUCACAGGGAGAUAUUUGUAGAGGGAAAUGGUGAAUGGAAUAUAAAACCCAAAUAGCAUACUUCUUAACAUGAGUAUUCUCUGGAGGAAAAAUAUGGCCCAUUAAAAAUGUUAGACUGUAUAUAAAGUACUUUUCAUGUGAAGGAAUGAAGAGAUGGAAGGCUAUUAUCUCCCUGAAGAUACUACACCAAGUAGUAAGUGAUGGGAGAACUUUGGGUUGUGAGUUCAUUUUGAAAUGUCCUAAUUCUGUAGAUUCUUCUCAGUUAUGUUUUGAGAAUAGUUAAUGGGAGUCCCCCUUGGCAUGCAAUUUUCUGUGUCGCUUGAGCAUUGUAUGUUAGUGAUACAGAACUAGAGCUAGGUUUCUGUGCUUAUCUGGAUAGAAACUUAUCUUUGAUCUUCAAAUGGGAACCUGUGAAUAUGCCCAAGACUACAAAUGUUUACUUACAUACGGUACUUAAAUUUUAAAUAUUUUUCUACUUUGUCUUUAUUGCAUUUGUAAAAAAACAAUGCAAAAACAUUAGUAUUUGGUUUUUUAUAUAUUGAGAAUGUUCUUAACUUAAUUAAAACAUAGUCAAUGUUUGAUAUUCAAA